AUGAUUGUUGCUAUAAUUCGAGUCGCCGUUGACAGCACAUAUGAUCGAGAGAUAAAUAUCGCCUGGCUUUGCUUCUGGAGUUUUGUGGAAGUAGACACAGUCAUAAUCGUGUCUUGUGCCACUUCCCUACGGCAAACUAUUAAGACUACACAGAACCAAAGCUCAAAGCUCAUCCGCACGAGCAGCUUACAAGAAUACAGGCCCUUUGGAUCAAACACUUACACUGUCUGUUGCAAUGUAAAGUCGCCAAAAUUGAAUGAGAUUGGCGUUUCGGCUGUUUCACCACUGAGCAUAGUCCAUGUUCAGACUAAUAUCGAGAUCACAAGCAGCGAGUCAGGGCCAUCUGAUGACACUGAAAGAGACCAAAUACCAAACUUUUGUACUGAGGUAUUUUGA